AGUAAAACGAAUGAACUUGGAAAUAGGUUUUAGGCAAUCAUACGCUUUCAAACACAAAACCUAGCAUAUAUAUUUUCCGAUUUAGACCGUCUAAUGACGGCAACAAAUUUCCGUCUGCAUACUUCUGUUACGACCAGAAUUUAAGCACGCAGAGAUUGGUUGUUCGAACUUCGAAAACCUGUGAUAUUCAACGUUAAUACUGUCCUGAAGAUGGCCGUUAUGCUCUCGACAAGCUUAGGCGACAUUGUUAUAGACUUGCACACAGAUCGUUGCCCUCUCACUACCAAAAAUUUUCUCAAGUUAUGCAAAAUCAAGUACUACAACAAUUGUCUUUUCCAUUCAGUGCAAAAGGACUUCAUUGCCCAGACUGGUGAUCCCAGUGGAAAGGGUACGGGUGGGGACUCGAUAUAUAAAUUUCUUUAUGGAGAACAGGCACGCUUUUUUGGUGAUGAGAUUCAUCCCGAUCUUAAGCAUACCAAGGUUGGAACAGUUGCCAUGGCAAGCGGGGGAGAAAAUCUUAAUGCUUCACAGUUUUACAUUACCUUGCGAGAAGAGCUGGAUUACCUUGAUGGAAAGCAUACAGUAUUCGGGGAGAUAGCAGAAGGAUUGGAUACAUUAAUGAGGAUAAAUGAAGCCUUUGUUGAUGAGAAAGGGCGACCAUAUAAAAAUAUUCGAAUCAAGCAUGCAUAUAUAUUGGAUGAUCCCUUUGAUGACCCGUCACAACUUGUAGAUCUUAUUCCAGUAAAUUCUCCAGAGCAAAUGCCACUUGUGGAAGGAGAAGAAGUGCGUCUGGAAGAUGACUGGAUACCUAUGGAUGAACAACAAGAUCCAGAAGAGCUUGAGAAGUCACUGCGCAGGAAGGAAGCACAAUCACGGGCUGUUGUUUUAGAAAUGGUUGGAGAUAUUCCGGAAGCCGAAAUAAAACCCCCUGAGAAUGUUCUGUUUGUUUGUAAAUUGAAUCCCGUAACUCAAGAAGAGGACCUUGAAGUGAUCUUUUCACGCUUUGGGAAAGUAAUAUCGGCUGAUAUUAUAAGAGACUACAAGACGGGAGACAGUUUAUGUUAUGCUUUUAUUGAAUUUGAGACACAAGAGGCAUGCGAGGCAGCAUAUUUCAAGAUGGAUAAUGUGCUAAUUGAUGACCGGAGAAUACAUGUAGAUUUCAGUCAAAGUGUAUCUAAAAUCUGGAAUCAAUAUCGUCAUGGAGGCAAGAAAAAUAUGGGUGAGGAAGGAAAAGGUCAUGGCUGUUUUAAGUGUGGAGAAGAGGGUCAUAUUGCCAAGGAUUGUCUUGAGAAUACCAAUGAAGCACCCAAAGAUGCAGCUCCAGAGAAACCCAAAUAUGUUUUGAAAGACACAAACAGGCAGCAUGGAGACACUGGUAAAAGCUAUGACAUGAUUUUUGAAGAAGACUUGCCUGCUACUAGCAAUAGGAGGUUUCAACAUGAGGAUUAUAGACAGGAAAAAACCAAGGAACUGAAAAGUAAUGUCAAGGAGGCAGAUUGCGGUAGUAAAGAAAGAGGAGAACCUGAUCAUUAUCACAGAGAUAGAAAUGAUAGAACGUCGCGGAUUUAUCAAGAAGAGAGAGGGAACAAAAGCCGUGAAAGAGACGGGGAUAGAGAAAGCAGGGGAAAAAGGGAUAUAGACAGGUACAGGGAUGACAAUGAAAGACAAAGAUACAGGGAAGACAGGCAAAGGGACAAAUCUACAAAUGAGGAAAGCAGAAACAGGGACAGACCCACUAAUGAUAAGAGCAGGAGCAGAGACAGGUCCAGUGAUUUUAACAGCCGGAGCAUAGACAGAUCAACUGAUUAUGUGAGCAGGAACAGAGACAGAUCCACCGAUUAUGUGAGCAGGAAUAGAGACAGAUAUGGGGAAGACAGGGACCAAGACAAAUACACUAAGGAGAGAGAAAGUAAUAGAUACCGGGAGAGAAAGGAGGGCCAUAGAGACAGGGAAGAAGAGGAAAUAGAAGAUCGCAGGGAAAAAGAAAGAUACAAGGCACAAAGAGAAUCAGAGAUACAGAGGGAUAAAAGCUGCAAAGAAUUUUUGAGAAAUGACACAGAAAAAAAGAGACAGAGAGAGGACAAGAAAGAAGGGGAUAGAAAAGAUUAUCAAAGUGAGAGACACAGAGAAGAUCAACCAAGAAAAAGACAUGAGGGAAUAGAAAGAGGACAUCCAACAGCAGAUCAAAAUCAUAGAAGAUCUUAAUAACUCUGAAGCUAAACAUAUUCUAUUGCAAAACGCUAUCUUGGUAGGAUGUCUGCCAUAAUAUGAUUCAUUUCGAUUAAUCAUGUAGUACAGAUUCUAAUUAAGCAUUGUUCAGUGAAAAUGUGCUAUCAACCUAUCGAAAAAAACUGUUAAUAUAUGCAUUGCAUGUUAUUCUAUGCGUGAUUCAAGUGUACGUGUUUGUCUGAACUGCCAAAUUAUAUUUGUUAAGCUUCAUGGCUUGUGGACUUAUGUUACCAAAGACAGGUAUAUAGCUACGUGCUAAUGAAGGGAAUUGCUAACAAGUAGAUCUUUUGCCUUCA